AUGCAGAAAAAAGCAGGAAGCAGCCCAGGAGACCAGUACCAGUGCGGGUCCCCAGCACAGCUAACUUUAGAAGAGACUCAGGCCCCCUGUGCAACAGAGUUCCCCUGUCCUAUAUUAGAGAUCACCAAGCAAGAUUUUUUUCAAGAAGCAAAAUCCCUCAUUGCCCAGCAUUAUGAGAGAAUAAAUGAGAAUAAAUUUCAAGGUACUUCUGUAAAUGUUUUUAAAAAUAAACACCAAAAACCAAAAUCUGGCAAAUUCAUACCUUUGGACAUUAAAAUAAAGGAAACACCUGAUGUGGUCCAAAAACUUCAGGCAGCAUGCAAAAGUAUUUGUUUUCCCAAAGAUCUUUCCAAAAGUGAACAUUUUGAGGAGCUUCCACAACAAACUUUCAAGGAGCCACACAUUUUUCAUAUGAAAGAAAAAUGCAAGGAUUCUAUAGAUCUAAUUGUGAAAGUGGCAGUGCCAUUUUCUGUAGAUCCUCACAGUCACCCCGUGGAUGACGCCAGAGAAUGCCAGCAGGUAACCCAGCCCUGGUUGCCGGGACGGCAAGAAGUGAAAUUCUUCUCUAUUGCCACUGCUUUCACUUUCCUGUCUGACAAAAGCCACAAAGACUGA